UUUGAAACACUCACAUCCUCAAACCAAAUGCGCCUUUGAGAGGUCGGGCCUAUUUAGGGCUUUCUUAAGUUAGAAUUAAAACCGUUGGGACACAGCAAAAAGAUGGAUCUUUAGCUACACACAAUCGUGAAUAUUGGAUGGUAAUCUGUGUGUUUGAUUAAGAAGGUUUUGUGUCGUCGCAGUGAGAGCGCGUCUCUUCGUUUUCGUGGCCGUUGCGGAGGGAGAUUGUUAUGUUAUGACAUUCUCUUUGUCUCUCGCUGCACAAACCAGAGACUAUAUUUCUCGCUGAAGAGCCUCUUUCAGCGAUCGGUGCAAAUCUAGCUAUUCGUUACGACCUUAUUCUAAAUACUGCUUUUCGUCGAACCAAUCAAGGGGUUGGAACAUGUCAUUACACGGUAAACGAAAAGAGAUCUACAAAUACGAGGCGCCAUGGACCGUCUAUGCCAUGAACUGGAGCGUCAGACCCGACAAGCGCUUUAGGCUGGCGCUCGGCAGCUUCGUCGAGGAAUAUAACAACAAGGUCCAGCUGGUGGGUCUUGAGGAGGAGAGCUCAGAGUUUGUAUGCAGGAACACUUUCGAUCAUCCGUACCCCACCACCAAGAUAAUGUGGAUCCCUGACACCAAGGGUGUCUAUCCAGACCUGCUGGCCACCAGCGGAGACUAUCUGCGCAUAUGGAGGGUGAAUGAUACAGAGACUCGUCUGGAGUGUCUCCUGAAUAAUAACAAGAACUCUGAUUUCUGCGCACCUCUGACCUCUUUUGACUGGAAUGAAGUGGACCCCAAUCUUCUGGGCACCUCUAGUAUUGAUACCACCUGCACGAUCUGGGGUUUAGAGACAGGACAGGUUCUGGGAAGGGUCAACCUGGUGUCAGGCCAUGUCAAAACACAGCUAAUUGCUCACGACAAGGAGGUGUAUGACAUCGCAUUCAGCCGUGCGGGUGGCGGUCGGGAUAUGUUUGCGUCUGUGGGAGCCGACGGAUCUGUGCGCAUGUUUGAUCUGCGGCACCUGGAGCACAGCACCAUCAUCUAUGAGGACCCUCAACACCACCCGCUGCUCCGCCUGUGCUGGAACAAACAGGACCCCAACUACUUGGCUACUAUGGCCAUGGAUGGCAUGGAGGUGGUGAUUCUGGACGUGCGUGUGCCAUGCACGCCAGUGGCUCGGCUCAAUAAUCAUCGUGCCUGUGUGAACGGUAUCGCAUGGGCGCCACACUCCUCCUGCCACAUAUGUACAGCAGUAGCGGACGAUCACCAGGCUUUGAUUUGGGACAUCCAGCAGAUGCCGCGGGCCAUCGAGGACCCCAUCCUGGCCUACACGGCUGAAGGAGAGAUCAACAACGUACAGUGGGCCUCCACUCAGCCCGACUGGAUCGCCAUUUGCUACAACAACUGUCUGGAGAUCCUGAGGGUGUAGAGCCGAGGCUUAAAGCGCCCCUGUGCUUCCUGUGGGGGGAAAAGCAGAGACUUGUUUUCUAAAGUUCCUGAGGUUUCAAGCGGGAAGCGAUAUGAACAGGCCUAUGGGAACAACGGUCUGAACAAUGUGUGUACAACUUUUGUCUGGAAGAAUGAGAUGUGUGAAUGAGUAUCUGUGUUUCUGCACAUUAUAUUGGACUGUUUUCCUACCUGCUGUCCCAGAGUCCUCAUUGUGGGAUCUUAAACACAUCUGUAAUUACUAUGAUUCUUGGCCAUUUGCGUUAGGUGAGAUACAUGUUUAUUGAGUUUGACCGUUAAAAACUAGGAUUGUAAAGAUUUGCCAACAUGGACAUCCAAAACAACCCUUUUAUGAAGAUGGAUUGAUACAGUUUUAAAGAGCCUCUGAACUUCAGAUCCUGCUUUUCAUUUCAGGAAGGUGCCUUUUUUUUUUGUUAAGCUUUGGAAACUUUGUAGUAUGUGGAUAAAAUGCUUGACGUCACUGCAAAACAUUGAUAAUAGUUCUUCAGACACGCUCAUAACUCGCAUAGCGGUUAGUUGCAUUGUUGACGUCAGUGUUUGAGUGGAGGAUAUCUUGAGCAAAAUGUUAUUUCAUUUAAAGAUGCAUUACUGCUCACUAAUUGUGAGAAAGCUCCUGUUAUUUUUUUUCCCCGUGUUAGUUUUCAAAAUAAGUCAGUCCCCUUUCAGCAUGCUUGUGCUUGAAGUGAAAAAUGUACUGUAUACAUAUAUAAAUAUUAUGUACAAGGUAGGACAAACGUGUCACUUUUCAAGAAUCAUUUUGCAUUGCGAGGCAUUUGGUCUGAUCUUGUUAUUCAUUGUUCUGUUGUUAUGCAAAUAUGAUGUAGUAGUGACGCCACUCUUCGGUCAAGACCGAAGUCAAAAGUGAGUUUGCAAGGCUGUGUGGGAUCGUCAUCCUCACCUCACACUCUUAGAUGGAGUGCUUAUAUGUAAGUAGUUCUUUGUGUGUCCAGCCAUUAUGCUUUUCUAUUAAUAAACUCACUUAAACUCUUGUUCUUUCA